AUGGACAAAUCACCAAAAAAUAAGAUAUCGCCGUUUUUGAAUGUGAGAAAAAAAUCGCCAACAUUGAGGAAAAAGAUUUCUGCCAAAAGUAAAAGCAUUGAUGAAAAGUGAGUUUUGUUCACGAGGAAUUCAGGGGGAAAAAACAUAAUUUUUCUACAGUGAAAAGGAGAGAAAUUCGAAAAAGACUGUGACAAAACAACAACAACAACAACAACAACCUCGAAUGAUUGUCAAAAAAUCGAAAGAGACAGGAUCGGCAAUGCUAAAACCAACUACACCAUUAGCAGAUUCGAAAACAAAACCUGGAAAUAUUCAAACUGGAGCACCAACAUUGACAGCAACAGCUCAAGCUGCAAUAUUUCCAGUCACCAAACCUUUGUCUACAACUCCCAUCAAACACAAAUCGCCACCGGAGCAGUUUCCAGCCGUGGUGAAAAUGCCAACAACUCCUCCAGCGGUGAGGAUUUGGGGUCCAACUAGGGUGCUUUUUUUCAAAAAAUGAAUGUUGAUUAAACUAGGUCACGUUCACGUAUAUUCUUGAUUUUUAAUUUUUAAUUUAAAAAAUUAUAACGUAACCUAGUUCUGUUCAUUUUAUUUCCAAAAAUCCAGAAAUUUUUUCAGAAAGAAUGUCAGUCAAAAAUGGGUCAAGCUCCUCUUCAAAACACGGAAACACAAACACUAAAAACACUUUCUGAAUAUCAUGAAAUCAAGGAUUUGGAACCACAAACUGUAGGAGAUAUGUUUCGAGAUAUUGACAAUGCGACGAGUCAAAUGAAUAUUCUCAAAACUGAUAUCAAAAAAAUGAAAUGGAUUGGAGAUGAUGUUGCAAGACAAUUUGUUGACAAACUACCAAAUGAGGAAAAUCUCACAAGAGAAUACAAUUUUUUGGAUUCUUUUGAGAUCAAAAAACCAUGCACUGCAUUUCAAAAUAAUAUGGAAAGAAAUCGAUGUGCCAAACAUAUUGUUUUGGAUGAAAAUCGUGUUGUUCUUGAUCGACCAGGAGCUGAGAACUUGAACUAUAUUAAUGCGAGUCGAAUAAAAGUUCCGGAUUUUGCCAAUAAAUUAUUUGUUGCGCAAUUACCGAAAAUGGAAAAUGAAAGUUUUGUGGAAGAUUUCUGGUAUAUGGUUCAUCAAGAACAAAUCAAUAUUAUUUAUUUGCUUUGUUCCGAAGAAUUGACGGGACCAAAAACACCGACAAAACUGUUUCGAGAAAAUGCGGAAGAGUUUCAAUAUGUUGGAAAAAUGUUUAUCAACACUCGAAAAGCUGAAGUUGUGCAUGACUUGAAAAUUUAUACAAUCGAAGUUUUGCCCGAUGGAAUGUCAGAUGCUGUGAUUUGUCAAGUUCAUCAAUUAACAUCUUGGAAAUCAGGAAAAGAACCACACAAACUUCGACUUGUUAUCAAAAUGAUUCAUGAAUUUUUGACUGAAAAAGAAGUUCAGAAUUCGACUGUUUGUGUUGUGAGUUUUCUCGGAUCCGGAAGAGCUUGCUGUUUUCUAGCGGCUCUGAUUUCAAUCGCUCAACUCAAUAAAGGAAUUCUCCCACAAAUUCCCGAAAUUUUCAAAAGUAUCAAACUACAAAGACCCGGAGCAACUGAGAAUUUGAUCACUUAUUCAACAACUUAUUUGAUUAUUUUGGAUUACAUAAAGGUGAGUUGGCCAAAAAACCGGUUCAAACAAUUAUUGGAUUAUUAUUUCAGCGCAAACUUGGCGACAAAGAUUUCAAUCCAAAAGUGAAUGAGAGUUUGAAAAUGAUUCGAAAUUUUAUGGCGAAACUGAACCACCACGAAGUACAGUAA